CCUGAGUAAGGUCAAGAUGGCGACUGUUUUCACAGUUACAUGACUGUAUGGGGAAUACUACGAUAAAACCUCGAAAUCGAGAGGACACGUAUGAUAUCAGCCAUGGCUGAACCUAGGAGAAUUAUACCGACAUCUGCCUGGGAACCGCCAAAGAAAGAAAAGGAGAAGAGGACAGAACCAACGCUGCGUUUUAACGUAACUUUGACAGAGUCCAAUCCUGGAACCUGUCCGGAGUUUUCAUAUGCGGACUUGCUGAAAAACGCCCUGAAUAAAGCGAUAAAUGGGAAGAAUAACCCUGAUACAGUGUUUAUGGACUGUGAUGAAGAAGACAUAGAAGGUUUACAAGCCAUUGCACGAAGAUUUGAAGCAAAAUAUGGGCCGAAAACUGGAAAAAAGAAGCGAAAACGAGACCGAAUAGAAGAUUUAAUUGAUGCAUCAUGGGGAUACGAUGAAUCUGAUGUUUUUAUCGACAACUCCCAAGCUUAUGAUGAACUUGUACCAGCUGAGUUGACCACAAAAUUUGGAGGUUUUUACAUUAAUUCCGGUCAACUGGAGUUCAGACCGGUAUCCAGUUCUGAGGACAGUGACAAUGACUUCCAAGAUCCAAACAAAAAAAAGAAAGCUUUUAAGAAAAAAAGGAAGAGCAGUGAUGGACUUGAGAAAGAAAGGAAGAGAAAAAACAAAGACAAAGAUCCGUUUAAAAAGCCCAGGAAGCAGUUGAUGAAAAAUGGCACAAGGAUUAAAAAGGGCACAACUCCCACUGUUGCCGAGUUACUACAGAAACAACAGUCGGCUAAAGCCAAUAGCAGUGAUGGUGAUCAAGAACUUAGUGAAGAUAUGCAUAGAAACAUCGUCAACAGUAUCAACGCUGUUGUGCAAGAAGCCAUGGCAGCGGCCACCACCUCAGAGAAUAAUACAACUGCAGGGAGUGAUAGUGAUGGGAACACCAACAGUGAAAAUGUUGAGGCUGUUCCAAAACUCCCCUCUGGAUUAUCAAACCAAUUAGAAAGCAAUAUUGAUAAGCUGAAAUCGGCUGCCAUGUCUGCAGAUGGGAAGUGCAGGUUUUUCACGCCUGAUGUCAACAGAACUCUAUUACAAAUUGAGAGCCAAGCACGGGAGUUAUCCUGCGGAUCAAGGUCGUCUGUCUAUGGUCACCUUGCGUCACAUUUACCCUGUUCUAAAGAAACACUUCUGAAACGAGCCAAGAAACUCAGACUGAAUGAGCAAGACAGAAUAUUGAAAGAACCGUUACAGAAACUAAAAGAAGCUGUUGGACAAACAAUGCCAGAGCAACUGGACAGAUUCCAGGAAGAAUGCCAACAAGCAGCUAAAAAUAAGUAUGACAAAAUAAUGGAAGAUAAAAUGAGAGAAGAUAGGCUGACAAGUGAUGAAGAUGAAGACAAAGGAGGAAAGAGAAGCAUAGCACCCAGAAAGAAAUUCCACUGGACAGAUAAAAUCAGGCAGUUGUUAUGCGACGUUGUGGCAAUUAAAGUGAAAACCUAUGAAAUGUCCAAGACGAGAUCCCAGUCGGCUGAAGACUACCUCAAAGCCUUUCUUGAAGCUGAAGUAAAGUCAUUCUGGCCGCAAGGUUGGAUACAGACAAGAAUGCUUUUCAAAGAGAGUCGUGCUGCCCAUGCCCCCAUAACGUUGAGCAUUCCUAAAGUUUCUCGACCGCCUGGGCGCCCUCCCAAAAAAGUGGUCACCGUAGUCAAGAAACCCGGAGAUGCAACCUCAGAUACGAGCAAUCCUAUUCCCGAAUCCAAUGCCUUCACAAUAUUAGAUUACGCUGACAAUAAAUCGUUGAAUACAAAUGAAGAGUCGCAAGAAAGUGACGAUGGAGCUGCCAAGAGGUUUGAAAAUUUAUUGUCGACUGCAACCACAACUAUGAACACUACCACACAUGUAAAUGCUGGUGUUUUCGGCAUUGCUGGUGGAAUCGGUUUAGAUAGUGUUAAAAAGGAGAAACCUGUUCCUACACUGCUAAAGAAAGAAUUUGCCUGUAAAAAGGAGAGCAGCAAUCCAAGUGUUGCUCGAAAACUAACGAGUCCUACAUUUCACCAAGAUUCAAGUUUCCAAGCAAUGUUUGAGAAAGUCAUUGGCGGGUCAAGUUCUUUCUCAUCUUCAGCCAUUCUUUCUGCAGCAGCUGAUUCAGUUAGUGGCGGCAAAACUGACGUUAAUAGAGAGAAGAUUUCAUUUAUGUCAUCGUUCUCCUCAAAACAAAAUCCGCAAGUGCGCAUUUCUCCAAUACCAAUCUCUACAAAUCAUAACAGAGAAGCCUUAAUGAAAGCAUUGACAACUCAGGCUACUAUGAAGUCACCUCAGGAACCAAGCAUCCCAGUGCCAAGAUAUUCUCCUGUUAACUCCCAUAAUGUGAACACAUCAGCACAAUCAAAUUCAUCUCAAGGGGAAAUGAAGAGUGCAUCAGUCAGGAUUCCCGCCAAAUUGAUAUCUCCAUCGGCUGCCAGCAGAACUCUGUUCACAACGUCUUCAACUUGUCUCGUCUCCUCCUACUCAUCAGCUAUUACUAAUGCAGUAAACAGCAGCAUCAUGACAUCUGCUCAACAAAUAAAGAAGUCACCAAUUACAUCAAUUAUGCCGAUGAUUAAAAAGGAACUGAAGAACAAUACUGUGUGUAUGCCUAUGACGAUGACCACGAAAACUCACUCUCAGGUGUCGCCGAGACAUGUAUAUUCUAUGAUGGAGAAACAAAACAAUACAUAUCCUGGAAUGCAGUCGGUAUCUACAGUUAAACAUUCGGUGCCCACAGCAGCUGUCUUCAGUGGGAAUGUUACAAAGCCAUCAAAACAGACAAUGGCCAGUAUGAAGCUCUCUGCAGCUAGUUUGAAACAAACAAUGCCAGGCAUGGUACAGACAGUGGCCAGUAUGAAACGGGCAAUGCCAAGUAUGAUUCAGACUGUGUCAAGUGCGAAACAGACAAUGCCAAGUGCAAAACAGACAAUGCCAAGUGCAAAACAGACAAUGCCAACUGUAAAACAGACAAUGCCAAGUGCAAAACACAAUGUUUCUACUGUGAAACAAACAAUGUCUAGUACGACACGCACCGUACCUAAUGUGAAACAAACAAUGGCCAACAUGUUGGCAUCUCGGCGAUCUCCACCUUCGUCUGUUGCACCCAAUUACAAUGAGGGGCUAGUUAGUAGGAAUCUACCGCCAAGACUGCUGCAGACGUCUCCGGUAUCUCAGGGCUCAUUGCCUACCACCCAGUCCUUGCAGGGACUGCACUCAACUUCAGCCAGUGGACUCUUAGGAGGUGCCAGCGUAGCAAUGUCACCUGGUGCCAAUAUAGCUGCUGGUUACCAGAGUAUCACUCUUGUUGAUCUGACAAGAGAUCCAAACGGUCUACCGAAGCACCAUCCAAACUUCUUAUCAAGAGACGCCAUUAUUACAGGACCAGCCCCAGGUACAUACACUCAUGGCCAAGGUUCUUUGUUUGCUACCUCUAUGCAUAGCUGUCCGCCUCAACAACAGCUACCGCCUUCUUUGCAAUCAUUUCAACACCAGACGUAUACAGAACCGCAUUAUGGCAGAGAUGGAACACAAAACUUGCCUCAGUAUCCAGACUUCUCUCCUCAGUAAAACACUGCCUUUGAAGAAUAGCCAUUCUUUGAAUAGUUUGUAAAUAUUGUGUUCUUUUUGCUGUUAAAUUUCUAAGUGAUUAAUUUCAUAGCAAACGAUAGGACAGUAUUAAAUUUUAUGAAGUAUUCAGUUAUGAGAAUAAUUCUUAUUUCCAAUACAAUUAAGCUCAAAGAUGCUUUAAAAUAAAUUUGCCUGCUUUUUACUUGAUUUACCUGAAGAUGUUGUCGCUUCCUGACGAAUAGUUAGCUUGCGUUAACACAAAUGACAAAAGAUGUCAGCUUUACUCCCGAUAGUUAAGAGUUGGUUCCAAAUAAUGUCAUAUUGCACUAUGUGUAGUAUGUG